AUGGGUCCCGAAUGGGUCUGUGAUGAGUGGGAGGUUGAGGGUGAUCUUGUCGAUGAAAAUGGUGCGCGCAAGACUGAAGAGAUCAAACUGUGGCGACGGGAUCCUGUCGAGUGUAUCCGCGAGCUUCUCGGGAAUCUGGUCUUCAGAGCGUUCAUCCGCUAUGCUCCAGAGAAGCUGUUCACCAACCAUGAGGGGGAGGAGAGAAUAUACGAUGAGAUGUGGACGGCGGAUUGGUGGUGGGAUGUUCAAGGCCUUCUUCCCGCCGGUGCCACCGUGGCUCCUGUCAUCCUGUCAUCUGACAAGACACAGUUGUCGCGCUUCUCCGGAGACAAGCAGGCAUGGCCUGUCUAUCUAAGCAUCGGGAAUAUCGCGAAGUCCGUCCGCCAUCAGCCGUCCAAGCGAGCGACCAUCUUGGUUGGCUACAUACCUGUCACGAAGCUUGAAUGCUUCUCCAAGGGUAAGAGACGAUCCCUCGAGGGAUAUCGACUCUUUCAUGAAUGCAUGAAGGCGAUCCUGGAACCACUUACUGUGGCUGGGAAGGCCGGUGUCGAGAUGAUCUGCGCUGAUGGAGCUCGCCGUCGUGUCCACCCCAUUCUUGCAGCAUAUGUGGCGGACCACCCGGAGCAAUGCCUCAUCUCAGGGUGCCAAGAGAACUUCUGUCCCAAGUGCUCCGUGCACUCGACGGCGCUGGGUGAGCCAGUGUACUCUGUAAUGAAAGACCAGACAUUAGUAUGGGACUUCAUACAGGAGCAAGCCCGCGGCGAGAGGUCUUUCGAGUUCAAGGAGCUAGGCCUGCGACUCAUUGAUCCCUUUUGGAGACACCUACCUCAUUGCGACAUCUUUUCCUGCAUAACUCCUGACCUCCUUCACCAACUUCACAAAGGCGUCUUCAAGGACCAUACUGUAGCUUGGGCGACUUCCUGCCUUGAAGGGGGAGCUGAACUUGAUCGCCGCUUCAAGGCUAUGCCCUCACACCCAGCUCUUCGUCACUUCAAGCAUGGCAUAUCACUCGUUUCGCAGUGGACAGGGACUGAGUACAAGCACAUGGAGAAGGUCUUCAUUGGCGCUAUCACUGGCGCCUCAGACCCAGAUGUCGUUCGCGCUGUGCGCGCUGUUCUUGACUUCGUGUACUAUGCUCAUUUCGAAGCUCACACUGAAGACUCUCUCGCGCGCAUGGAUGCUUCCUGGGCCACGUUCCAUCAGCACAAGGCUGUGUUCGUGCGCGAAGGAGUGCGCGAUCAUUUCAACGUUCCGAAACUUCACUCAGCUCUCCACUACGCGCUCUCUAUUCGCAGGCUUGGCACCACUGAUGGCUACAACACUGAGCAGUCAGAACGACUACACAUCGACUACGCAAAACGGGGCUACGCUGCCUCCAACAAACGCUCGUAUAUUCAGCAAAUGACCGUCUGGUUGAACCGUCAAGAGGCUGUGAGCCGGUUCCAAGCCUUCCUCGACUGGGCAAUCUCCGCACGCACUCCUCACAAUACCUCAACCUCACAUACGCUGGAGGGCAGUGAUGGUGAUGUAGACAUGGAGGAUGAGCAAGCCGCUGCGGCCAUGGGUGAUGGAGUACCUCAGUACGUGGUUGCCAAGAAUCCUGGUCUGCGGAGUGUUACAGUGCAGCAGCUUGUCCAUGACUUUGGUUGUACCGAUUUCGUACGCGCACUGGAGGAGUACCUCCGAGAUGCCUCUCGGAGACGUGGUCAGCAAUUGCCUGUUGCAGCGCAAUUCAUCUACAGCAGCACGCGCUUUGCGGUCUACAAACGUGUAUCUGUCUUCCUCCCCCCUAUGCGUCAAGUUUCGCUACUUCCAAUCAAGGAUGUCAUUCGCGCCAUGCCUGCUCAGUCCUCUCGCCCACUACGGCCAGCUGUACCUGCGCAUUUUGACACUGUCUUGGUCCAAGAGCAUCCGCGGAAUGCGGACUCAAUCAAUCCACUUGAAGGUCUUCGUGUCGCUCGUAUCAGAGCCAUCUUAUCCCUCCCUCUUUCAUAUGGAGAGAACCUCUCAAGAGACCCCGUUGCCUUCGUGGAAUGGUUUACACCAUUCCGAACACAGGACCCGGAUACAGGUAUGUUUCAAGUGUCGUAUUCUACACGUAACCAUCGCCGGCGAGUCUCCAUGAUUCCUAUCACCCAUAUUGUGCGUAGCUGCUAUCUUAUACCAAAAUGGGGUAAGCAAGUAGAUACAACAUGGAUGUCUGCAAAUGUCCUCGACAAGUGCACAAAGUUCUUUGUUAGCCCAUACUUACGACACCAUGACUUUGUACUGUAUAGAUACCUGUAUGAUCGAUAUGCAUCAUAG